AGAGCCACAUCAGUAUCGUAAAUGAAAGAUUUUGUGCAAGAUGGAUCUGACCUCAGGAGGUGGCUCUUUGGGUAGUGGAUGCGGGUUAGACUUUCUACCGGGGAACUGUGACGUAUGCAAGCAAAAACACGUCCGUGUCACUUCCUUCCACUGCAGGUCGCACUUCUACUGUAGGAGCUGCUUAGAGUUUGCGCCCAAGUUCCGUAGACGUAAAGAUUUCUCCUGCCCCACGUGCAGUGACCACAACAAGCAUCGGACUUCAGACAAUCUCCAGGAAGUGGACAAGUUCAUGAGAACACAAACUUCCGGUCAGACAAAUGAGGACUUUGAGGAGGUAGUGUUCGGUGUUGGAGGAUCCAAUAUCGUGUUUUGGAACGGGGUUCCUGAGUGUUCUGACGAGGAGUCCGACCUAACCGGAAACAAUGACGAAUGGGAAAAUCUGCUCAGGACAGUGUCACGUGACACGCAGCAGCAACCGACAUCCGGUGUUGAGCAGCCAAUCGAAAGACAGAAGUCAUAUGUAAUUCAGAAAAUACCACACACUUUUGAAGGAAACGCCCCGAUGACGAGGUUCAUUACCAAACCAGGAAUUAUGGGAAUGGCGCCUGCUACGUCAUAUCUACAGCUAAAACUCCCAACAGCGGAGCCUUCCGAUUCGAGCAAAUCGUCAUCCAUCAGUUCCUCCGAGGGCUCCUCCGGAUCAGCCUCAAACAACAGCCAGACAUCUUCGAUGGAAAUCAAGCUAAGCACAACCAGCUCCAGACUCCGCGGUCACAAGGACCAUAUUGCUCGGUCCCAUUCCUCCUUUUGCAGCAGCAGCGUCUCCAACGACAACGACGACGGGGAUCGUCUAGAGGUGAAGGGGUCGGUGGUGGGAAGUCGUUACUCCAGACAGGCUCAGUGGCUCUUCAACGCAAGCCCCGAGGACUACCCUGAUGACGCCAGAAAAAAGCGCCCCAACACCCCGGUGAGUUCCCGAACAAGCGUUAGCCCUGAGGGCCAUCGAAGGAGUGGUUCGGGGACGUCAUUUGAGCGCUGGAUGGAGGAACUCGGCCAGGUGGAGGGGCCAUUGUUCAAAGAUAGCGACACUCCGUUCUCAUCGGAGGAGAAGCUACCGGAAGUCGAGAAAGAUGACUUCUGGGAUAUGUGAUGUUUAUCCUCAAUUUGAAUGAUUUCGUAUGCACGAUAAUAAUGUUCUUACUUAGGUUAUUUUGAAUGAUGAAUUGGGAUGUUACAGCCAUUGAAUGAUAGAUGGAAUUUCGGAUAUAA